AAGAAAAAAAAAUUUAAAAAUUUUGAGCUGGCGCGACUAGCAAGAUGGCGCCGCAGAAAGACAAGAAGCCCAAGAGGUCAACCUGGAAGUUUAAUUUGGACCUUACUCAUCCAGUAGAAGAUGGAAUUUUUGAUUCUGGAAAUUUUGAGCAAUUUCUAUGGGAGAAGGUUAAAGUCAAUGGCAAAACUGGACAUCUCGGGAAUGUUGUUCACGUUGAACGCUUCAAGAAUAAAAUCACACUUGUUUCUGAGAAACAGUUCUCUAAAAGGUAUUUGAAAUACCUUACCAAGAAAUACCUUAAGAACAAUCUUCAUGAUUGGCUUCGAGUGGUUGCAUCUGACAAGGAGACCUACGAACUUCGUUACUUCCAGAAUUGUCAAGAUGAAGAUGAAUCAGAGUUGGAGGACUAGGCAAAGACUCCCCUUACAGGGCUUUGCUUAUUAAUAAAAUAAAUGAAGUAUACAUGAGAUAUACCAAGAAAUUGGCUUUUAGUUUAUCAGUGAAUAAAAAAUAUUAUACUCUUGAAGAAAAAGAAAAUUUUGAGCUGGGCGUGGUGGCUCACACCUGUCAUCCCAACACGUUGGGAGACUGAGGCAGGUGUUUCCGUUGAGUUCAGGAUUAGGUUUUGGCUUAAGGGAAUAUUGUGGAUGGUUUGACCUUUUAUCAAAGUUUGAGAUCACGCAAACUUUCUUUCUAUCAGCAAUAAGGCUGUUUUGCUUUCUUAUCAUUUGUGUAGCAUUAAAAAUCCUACUCUAAUAAAGGCUGGAGUGCAGUGGCAUGAUGACUGAAGUCCUGAACUCAAGGGAUCCUCCCGCCUCUGUCUCCUGGAAGUAUUGGCAUUACAGGUGUGAGCCACUGAACCUGGCCAGCUUCAGACUUUUCUUGUGCAGCCUCCUCACCUUCUUAGAAUUGAAGAGAUUUACGGCUUUUCUCCAUAUUAGGUUUUGCCUUAAGGGAAUGUUGUGGCUGGCUUGAUCAUCUAUCCAGAUAACUCAAACUUUCUCCGUAUCAGCAAUAAGGUUGUUUUGCUUUCUUACCAUUUGUAUGUUCACUGGAGUAGCAUUUUUAACGUCCUUCAAGAACUUUUUCUUUGUAUUCACAACUUGACUGGUGCAAGAGGACUAGCUUUUGGCCUAUUUCUGUUUUCUUUUUUUUUCUUUUCUUUUUUUUUUUUUUUUGAGACAGAGUCUCGCUCUGUUGCCCAGGCUGGAGUGCAGUGGCACAAUCUUGGCUCACUGCAACCUCCACCUCCCGGGUUCAAGCGAUUCUACUGCCUCAGCCUCCCGAGUAGCUGGGACUACAGGCGCGUGCCACCAUGCCUGGCUAAUUUUUGUAUUUUUAGUAGAGACGGGGUUUCACCAUGCUAGCCAGGAUGGUCUCAAUCUCUUGACCUCGUGAUCCGCCUGCCUCGGCCUCCCAAAGUGCUGGGAUUACAGUGGGGAGCCACCGCGCCCAGCCCAGCCAGCACCAUUCUGACACAGAGGGUUUGGAAGUUGUUUAGACAGAUCUGCUCCUGUAGUUCACAGAACUCCUCCGGCUACUGCGGUCCCUUUUUUUCCUGAGUCUUGUUUGCUGAAAUCUUCUUGAGAUUCUGUGAGACAAUAGCCCCUAUUUCUUCCAGUAAAUUACUCUUUUUCUUCCCCUUUAGACAGCCAGUGCUGGUUUCUGUUACAUGUAAACAAAAAGGAUUUUAUUUUUUAUUUUUUUAGGCUAGUCAAGUGAAGCAGUGGGAGGCAGAGGACAAAAACAAUUUUGACUAAGGCAAUAAAUGUAUUGUACAAGUGAAGUAUUUCCCAACUUGUAUUCUGUGGAAUGCUAUGUUCUCAAAUGUUAACAAGUUCCAUACAAGAACCAUUUAUUUCUAAAUUCUAAAGUCACAUUCAUAUUAUGAAUUAUAUUAAACAUAUAUAGUUACUUUUAUUAUACCUAAUAAUCUGUCUUUAUAAGAGUGUUUACCCAAAAAUGCCAGCAGAUUCCAUGAGAAACUACCUGUGCUACAAUGAUCGUCAAACUUUGGUGCAUACAUAACAGAAUCAACUGGAGGUCUUGUUAAAGGAUUGCUGAGUCAAACCCCCAGUUUCAGCAGGUUUGUGGUGGGGCCUGAGAAUUUACAUUUCUUCUCUUUUUUAGAUGGAGUCUCGCUCUGUCGCCCAGACUGGAGUGCAGUGGCGCGAUCUUGGCUCACUGCAACCUCUGCCUCCCGGGUUCAAGCGAUUCUUCUGCUUCAGCCUCCCGAGUAGCUGGGACUACAGGCGCCCGCCACCAUGCUCAGCUAAUUUUUGGAUUUUUAGUAGAGAUGGGGUUUUACCAUAUUGGCCAGGCUGGUCUCAAACUCCUGACCUUGUGACCCACCUACCUCGGCCUCUCAAAGUGCUGGGAUUACAGGCGUGAGCCAUCACGCCCAGCCUAUGGUACACCUUUACUGAGGAAACAAUUCAGGAACAUCACUCUUAGUAAGGCAAUUGUUGAUUAUAAGUCAAAAAAACACUAUCGUGCACAAAUUUAGGGGAUUUUGUAUACCUUGUUUUUUUGGUUACAAAUAUGCAAAAUGAAAGAUGUUUGCUAAUACUUGUUUCCAAUUUUUAAACUUUUCAAGUGUACUGUUAACGUUAAAAUAAAAGGCAUUUGACUUAG